CCUAGCUGAACUGAAGAAAACUCUUUACUUCUUUCUCUGCUACAGUGAUUGUGGCAACGAAAACCAAAAGUAAAGCAACAAAGAGAAGGAAUCAGAGUUAUAAACAUCUGCUAUGAAUUCCCAGAAUUCCACCCUCUCUCUAAACACUACUUUUGUGCGUCCCCCGUUUUUUGUCAUCAAUGGUUUUUAUUACGUGCCCCAUGCCAAAUACUACUAUGUUUUCCUGUUCUUUGUUUUUGUGGUCUCUGUGUUGGGGAACUCCUUUGUCAUGUUUAUUAUAUACACAGAGCGCAGCUUUCACACCCCAAAGUAUAUGGCCAUUAUUAAUUUGGCUGUAGCUGACUUGGGUGAAAGCACUGCUCUCAUUCCAAAUUUAAUUGCAAUGUUUCCUUUUGGUACACAAUACAUCUCAUUUGAUGCUUGCUUGGCCAACAUGUUUUUUGUGUUUUUCUUUUCCAGUUUACAGACUCUCACUCUCACUAUUCUGGCCUAUGAUAGAUUGGUGGCAAUAUGCUUGCCACUGAGAUACCAUGCCAUCAUCACAAUGCCUGCAAUGACUGUGAUAUUAACAGUGGUGUGGGCAUGUGAUUCAUUUGUACUGAUUCUAAUGGUGUCUUUGAUUACCAGGUUGUCCUUUUGUAAAUCCAUUGUGGUAAAAAGCUACUUCUGUGACCAUGCACCGGUAUUCUUUUUGGCAUGCAAUGACAAUCUUGUCAAUCGUAUCAUGGCAAAUGUUAACAUAGUAUUAUUGCUGUAUGUACCGUUUAUUUUGACUGCACUGUCAUAUGUGUUUAUUGCUGGUGCACUGUGUAAAAUAGCUUCAUGGGAAGGGCGAUUUAAGGCUAUUAAGACUUGUUCUUCACACCUAAUACUGGUAGUUAUAUGUUAUUGUCCAAUAAUAGGAAUCUACAUUGCGUCAAUGGCUGGAGCCCUUCACCCCAAUGCCAGGAUAAUCAAUACAUCACUUUCAUUUGCCAUUCCCCCCAUGAUGAACCCGAUAAUUUAUGUGCUGAACACGGGAGAGGUUAAGGAAUUCUCAAAAAGGCUUUUCAGCAGAAAAAAAAUAACCGCAACUGAAAUAAACAGAUAAAUGGAUGAAUUGAUAUUAUGGGAACUCUCCUGUGUGCUGUAUCUCAAACUCUGCAGUUUGUGCGACUACCGAUUAAUUUUUAUUUAAAAUAGCUUAUAUUCUUCUGUGUUUACUCUAUGUCUUGGUUAAUGUAUUAGGUCAAACAUUACAUUUCAAGUUCAUUCAACUAAUUAUUUUAAAAGAAUAUUUUGAGUGUGAUGAAAUACAAAUGUUGCUUGUGGCAGUAUUGAUUUACUGUUGGAUUUUUGGAUGCUGUUGUUGUGUUAUUUGUGUUACAUGCUCACUUUGCUUAAUGAAUAACCACAUGCACUUUGUCUGCAGAAAUUUUAAAAGCUUGAGGAAAGUGAUAAUUUCAUGUGACUGUAUUAACGUUUCAGGUCCAUUUUGUAACAAAGAUAAUGGUCAAAUGUGACACAGAGUGUGGUCAGGUGAGGCCUAGCAAAAAAAAAAAAAAACAGUCUAAAUGGCCAAGUGCCAAAUUUUGUUGUGAUAUUUAUUAGGUGUCCCAUUUUAGCUAGAUCAUUGACAUAACAUUGAAAUGUUCAUCAGUGCUUCUCACCUGAAGAUCAUAUUAUCUUAAAAUGAACCGACGUAGACUUUGUAUUUUCACUCCUAGUGUGCUCUCCCUCCAUUGCCAUUAGGUUGGGAGAAAUUAUGUGCAAUUCGCUUUUCUUCCCAGCUACCAUGAAAAAUAGAAACAGGGACACAGAAAAAUUUGAUCUUAAAGUUUGUUUUAUGUUAUCCCUGGUUUGAACUCAUACCCCGGCUGCAGACACUCUUUCAGCUACUUGAGCUACUUUGCCUGGCCAAAUCAUUUUGAAAUAGCUGAUUCCACUGCUGCUAAGGUGUUUGCGUGGAUAUGAGAAUGCCCUUCUCCAUACAAAAAAACUGACG